AUGGCAGGCCCAUCAUGGCCCGCUGGGCAAUGGCAGGAUCACAAUUAUAGGCGUCAUCAUGCGAAUCAACUCUACCAUCAAUUAAGCGCAGCUGACAUGGAUGAGUCCAAGCCAGUAGAAUCUAUGCUACAAUUACCGCCGCAGUACCAGGAGCAAGGAUCAUUCGAACUUGGUGGAAUAAGCGCGAGCACUGGCCCGAUUAUUCGUCUGAAUUCGAGUCAAGUGUUCGGUACCAACGAUGAAGUGUUCUGGCCACAGCCCAAGCUGGCCGUGCUAGGUAGCAGCCAGUUGCUACAACCAUCCGAGUCAUUCCCAGCUUCUCAGGCUACGAAAGACCGUUUUCCAUCUCUAACUAGUGGCCUAGGCCAAGCUACCCCCUCAGGAUCGGGGGUCCAGGCCCAACCAGUAUACCCUCCAGCAUUUUCGUUAAUAGAUCCUACAUAUCCAAGGGCUCUACCAGUUCCAAGUAAUCGGGGGUAUGAUACUUUAAUUGCACAGUCACCACAGUAUCAGGUGUCCGCGGGUCAAAACCAUCCGGGUGCCGUGACGAACCUGGAGCUACAGCCCAGUCAGGGUAAUCACAGCAUCCUACACGCCCAGUCACAGCGCCAGUUAUCAUUAGGUUCUUUUGGCUCGACGUUGCCUUUGCCUGUCAACGAUGACAUGACUCAGAUUUUGCAACGUACGAGGUUCCAACACUCCAGUUCAAAGCAACGAACUUCUAGCAACGCUGCGCCUAGGGAUGUUCCCCGUGCAAGAAAGCCCAAGGCAGUGACGCCAAACCUAUUCGUCGUUGUAUCGCAGGCUUUACUCGUACAAGUGUACGACGAAUCUCACAGGAAGAUGAUAAGCUUGACCUUUGAGGAGGGGCUUUUUCCUACCGCAAAAGAACUUACAAAGAGGGCCACGAAAGCUCUGGACGAGGUUGUCGCCCGUCAUGCAGACGAGGGAAUAAAAAACUGGAGGUCGACGGAUGGCGAAGCCCGUAUCACCAAAUUGAAGGCCGUCGUUACAAUGCUCCACCGCGACUUUGCGGACCGGAUUGGCAACGUUAUUACGGGGUUCCAAUUAACCUUUAAUAUAACCAAGAGCAAGGCAGAGAUGGACUUGCAGCGCUACACUGUUGUCACCACUAUGCUGUUGGACAACUCAUUUCUAGAUGGGCACUUAGAGAUACCGGUGAACGCAAGUGAAUCCCGAAUGUGCCGGAUUCCAUUUGCGCAUCCAACAAUUGUCGAUUUUAUGGAAGAGAUGUUGUCGCGCCAGCAAUAUUCCCGCUUUAUCCCCUUCCAUGAAGACGUGCAGUGGAAAAAAUGCAUCAGAAACAUUACUUGCUUCAUUGCAGCUCUAUGUCGUUCGAAGAUGAGGCACGCUGCAGGCAUGGAUACUAUAACUCGCUUCCCUAGCCAGCAAGAUAAGGACUGGUACGCAGCUGCCAUAAAGGACAUCCGCUCGUUUACUGGAGAUAAAGAGAGAAUGUUCAACUAUUUCAUACAAGCUAUGCCCCGUAUGCUAGGUCUUUCAAAUACGGAGGAGGUAGCUCGGAAUUCCGUCGAGUAA